UCUGCGGCUGCCGCCCCACCCAGCCAGGCCUCGCCACCCCGAUCGCGCUCGGCCCCCCGCAGCCCGCGGUGCCUUUCCCGGGACCAUGCUGCGCUGGCUGCGGUCCUUCGUGCUGCCUACGGCCGCCUGCCAAGACGCGGAGCCGCCCACGCGCUACGAGACGCUCUUCCGGGCGCUGGACCGCAAUGGGGACGGCGUGGUGGACAUCGGAGAGUUGCAGCAGGGGCUGCAGAGCCUGGGCAUCCCACUGGGCCAGGACGCCGAGGAGAAAAUUUUUAUCACUGGUGACGUCAACAAAGAUGGAAAGCUGGAUUUUGAAGAAUUUAUGAAAUACCUGAAAGACCAUGAGAAGAAAAUGAAGCUGGCAUUUAAAAGUUUGGACAAGAAUAAUGAUGGGAAAAUCGAGCCUUCCGAAAUUGUCCAGUCUCUCCAGAUGCUGGGUUUGCAUAUUUCUGAAAAGCAAGCAGAGCUGAUUCUCCAAAGCAUCGACUCUGAUGGAACAAUGACAGUGGACUGGAAUGAGUGGAGAGAAUACUUCUUAUUUAACCCCGUUACAGACAUUGAAGAAAUUAUCCGUUUCUGGAAACACUCUACUGGCAUCGACAUAGGGGACAGCUUAACUAUUCCGGAUGAAUUCACAGAAGAUGAGAAAAAAUCAGGACAGUGGUGGCGGCAGCUGCUGGCGGGAGGCGUGGCUGGUGCGGUCUCUAGAACGAGCACGGCACCUUUGGAUCGCCUCAAGGUCAUGAUGCAGGUUCAUGGUUCCAAAUCAAUGAAUAUAUUAGGAGGCUUUCGGCAGAUGGUAAAGGAAGGAGGAAUCCGUUCCCUUUGGAGAGGAAAUGGCACAAAUGUCAUUAAAAUCGCUCCCGAGACAGCUGUUAAGUUCUGGGCUUAUGAACAGUACAAGAAGUUGCUUACCGAGGAAGGACAAAAAUUAGGAACCUUGAGCGGUUUCGUAUCUGGUUCCAUGGCUGGAGCAACUGCACAGACUUUUAUUUAUCCCAUGGAGGUUCUGAAAACCCGGCUAGCGGUAGCCAAAACCGGACAAUACUCUGGAAUAUAUGGAUGUGCUAAGAAGAUUUUGAAACAGGAAGGCUUUGGGGCUUUCUACAAAGGCUAUGUGCCCAACUUACUGGGCAUCAUUCCUUAUGCAGGCAUCGAUCUCGCUGUGUAUGAGCUUUUGAAGACUUAUUGGGCUGGAUAACUUUGCCAAAGACUUCCUGUCAACCCUGGUGUGGUGGUACUGCGGAGCUGUGGGGCUCUGUCCAGCACCUUGCGGGGCAGCUGGCCAGGUUACCCCCUGGCUUUGGUGAGGACUCGCAUGCAGGCACAAGCGAAUCAUCUCCAAAGAAGGAGUGCCGGGACUCUACAGAGGCAUCACCCCAAACUUCAUGAAGGUGCUCCCCGCCGUUGGAAUCAGCUAUGCGGUAUAUGAAAAUAUGAAGCAGACACUAGGAGUAGCUCAGAAGUGACACAGCCAAGUCUUCUUUCCCGAGAUGACCAAAGCUGUCAGCGCUCUCCGGUGACUUCUGGGAUUGCAGCAAGUCUAUUGCGAAAGAAGCUGUUGUUCCCCCAGCCAAGGGGAAAAGAAUCUGCACUCACUUCAAGCAUUUGGGCUCGGUUUUAUACCUUCAGUAAUGCUCAAAAUCAUAGUUUCAAGAAGUGUUGCAGAAGCCACAAAAUUGUACUUUAUGUUUGCUGAUAAAGAUCCGUGCCUUGCACCCUCAAUCUGAAAAUGUACUUGCUUAAGAUGAAAUCAUUUUGUGUGGUAGAAUUAUAAAUCACUAAUCUUUGUUCUAAUUGGUUCAGGUUUAUGUCAGUUUGUUUUAUGCCCAUUUUUCUUUAAAAAAAAACAAAGUGAUCAGAAAGCCUUGGGACUUUAAUUGUUCUAUAUAUUUUGAAAGUUUUUUUAGAUGUAAAAUCCCCCUACAGGAACAUUAGUAGAAAAAAAAAUCACCGUAUUUAAAAUCAGUCUUGCACAGUUUAUACCCUCAUCUGUAAGCAGGAUAAGAAUGAAUUAUAGUAGCCAAAUUUGUGUAUGGAGGGGCAGCGAGAUAAUAUUUAUCACACUAUACACUCUCUGUUCUACUUGCAUUGCUAUUUGGUCCCCAGUUUUAGAUAUUGAUUGUCAUCUGUUGUUAAAUUACUGAUACAAGUUAUUUGGUAUGGGUUCCCCCCAUUGCUUUCUAAAACAUCAGUGAACAAAACUGUUGACUUGUACAAUUUUCCAGAGAGUGUCUUGGUUUUGUUCUUUUUUUUUUUUUUUGAAAAAAAAAAA